AUUAAGUAGUGCUGGCAGUAAUGUGGCUUUGCUAGAGUCGCUUUUUGGUGUCUUAGUAGUUGGCAUUGUAUGCUGGCUUCUUGUGCAAAGUUGUUGUGCUAGUUUCUCAUUACAAAUGGUGGACAUAAUUUCAUUUUUGGUACCAGAUUUCGCCACUUUUGGUGAAUUAUUCGUUUUUCUUGAAAAUUGUGCUAUUAAAAUGCCUUUGGGCUUUCUUGAGAAAUUCUGA